GACGAGGGAUCACCAUGAAUCGUUCCACCAAGAGCACCACACUCCGCAAGACGGCCGGCUAUUCUAGUUUGAUAACGUUCGCCGUCCUGUUGCUGGCAUGGCUGUGUGGCUUCUCCAGCCGGCUGUUUGCUGUGAUCCGGUUCGAAAGCAUAAUCCACGAAUUCGAUCCAUGGUUCAAUUACCGUGCCACGGCACACAUGGUGGAGAAUGGAUUCUACAAGUUCCUGAACUGGUUCGAUGAAUCCGCCUGGUAUCCGUUGGGCCGUAUCGUCGGCGGUACCGUAUACCCGGGGCUUAUGAUCACGUCCGGUGGUAUCCAUUGGCUGCUCCAUACGCUCAACAUUCCGGUGCACAUUCGCGAUAUUUGCGUGUUUUUGGCACCGAUCUUCAGCGGCCUUACCGCCAUCUCGACGUACCUGCUGACGAAGGAGCUAUGGUCGGCCGGUGCUGGACUGUUUGCUGCCAGCUUCAUCGCUAUCGUGCCCGGUUACAUUAGCCGCUCAGUGGCAGGAUCGUAUGAUAAUGAGGGUAUUGCCAUUUUUGCCCUCCAGUUCACGUACUAUCUGUGGGUGAAGUCGGUGAAAACGGGUAGCGUGUACUGGGCGGCAUGUACUGCCCUGUCGUACUUCUACAUGGUGUCCGCGUGGGGCGGUUACGUGUUCAUCAUAAACCUCAUCCCGCUGCAUGUGUUUGUGCUGCUAAUAAUGGGCCGCUACUCGCCCCGCUUAUUCACAUCCUACACGACGUUCUACAUCCUUGGAUUGAUCCUUUCGAUGCAAAUUCCGUUCGUUGGUUUCCAGCCGAUUCGUACGAGCGAACAUAUGGCCGCUUCCGGUGUGUUCCUGCUCCUAUUCGCCGUUGCCGUGCUAAAGCAUGUACAGACCGUACUUUCGAAGCAGGAAUUUAAGCGAUUGUUCCUGAUCGGUGGUUUACUGGCGGCCGGUGUCGUAUUUGCCGGUGUCGUGCUGCUUACGAUGCUGGGCGUAAUUGCACCGUGGAGCGGUCGUUUCUAUUCGCUGUGGGACACGGGAUACGCCAAAAUUCACAUUCCCAUCAUUGCGUCCGUGUCCGAGCAUCAACCGACGACGUGGUUUUCAUUCUUCUUCGAUCUACACAUUCUGGUGUGCACGUUCCCGGUGGGGCUGUGGUAUUGCAUCAAGAAGAUUAACGAUGAGCGUGUAUUCGUUGUGCUGUACGCGAUCAGUGCGGUGUACUUUGCCGGCGUAAUGGUGCGUUUGAUGCUGACCCUAACGCCUGUCGUGUGUAUACUGGCCGGGGUCGCAUUUUCCGGCCUGCUGGAAGUAUUCCUGAAGGAGGACAAUGCAGCCGGUGUUAAGGACAGUGGGGUGGAAGGCGAGGGAGAAGAUGCCAGCGGAGAGAAGAAACAAAUGUACGAUAAGGCAGGCAAACUUAAGCACCGCCCAAAGCAUGACCUUUCGUCGCACAGCGCACACGGAGAGCAGAAUACGGGGCUUGGUUCGAACGUGAAAAAUAUGGUAAUUGUUGCCAUCUUAAUGUUGCUCAUGAUGUUUGCGGUUCACUGUACGUGGGUUACGUCGAACGCGUACAGCAGUCCCUCGAUUGUGCUGGCAUUCUACAACAGCAACGAUGGCACUCGCAACAUUCUGGACGAUUUCCGUGAGGCUUACUACUGGCUGUGGCAGAAUACAGCACCGGAUGCGCGCGUAAUGUCCUGGUGGGACUAUGGCUAUCAGAUAGCGGGUAUGGCAAACCGGACAACACUAGUGGAUAAUAAUACUUGGAACAACAGUCACAUCGCGCUCGUCGGCAAAGCAAUGUCUUCACCGGAAGAUAAAGCAUACGAAAUUAUGACCUCGCUCGAUGUGGAUUACGUGCUGGUGAUCUUCGGUGGUGUGAUCGGAUACUCGGGCGACGAUAUCAACAAGUUCCUCUGGAUGGUGCGCAUUGCGGAGGGUGAACACCCGAAGGAUAUACGCGAAAGCGAUUAUUUCACCGAUCGGGGUGAGUUCCGUAUCGAUGCGGAGGGUGCACCGGCACUGCUGAACUGUUUGAUGUACAAGCUUAGUUACUACAAGUUUGGAGAAUUGAAGCUGGACUACAGAGGUGCUGCUGGAUACGAUCGCACCCGCAAUGCUGUGAUCGGCAAUAAGGACUUUGAGCUGACGUACCUCGAAGAGGCGUACACGAGCGAACAUUGGCUGGUGCGCAUCUAUCGUGUGAAGAAACCACACGAGUUUAACCGGCCCGCUCUGAAACCGGACGAGCGGGUAUUACCGGCCGGUGAGCUCGUGUCACGCAAAACAUCCAAACGAAGGAAAGGAUUAAUCAAAAACCGUCCCGUAGUGGUGAAGGGCAAGAGGAACAAGUAAGCAGUGCUAUCACGUGGUCGAACCGUAAU